UAAACCUCUUUGGCUGGAGUAGGGUCCGGGUGAGCAGAUUUCCUUAUCCGGGAAUCGCAGGCGGGGUGGCCAUUGGUUCGGAGGAUCACGUGGGCCCCUAACUUUGUUCACUUGACAGUAAGUAGGAGGGCUUUCGGAAACAGGAAAACGAGUCAGGGGUCGGAAUAAAUUUUAGUAUAUUUUGUGAGCAAUUCCCAGAAAUUAAUGGCUAUGAGUUCUUUUUUGAUCAACUCAAACUAUGUCGACCCCAAGUUCCCUCCGUGCGAGGAAUAUUCCCAGGGCGAUUACCUACCCAGCGAGCACUCGCCCGCGUACUACGCCGGCGGCCAGAGGCGAGAGAACGGCUUCCAGCCCGAGGCGGGCUACGGGCGGCGGGCGGCGUGCACCGUGCAGCGCUACGCGGCCUGCAGAGACCCCGGGCCCCCGCCGCCGCCGCCGCCGCCCCCGCCGCCGCCACCCCCGCCGCCGCCGCCGCCCGGGCUGUCCCCUCGGGCUGCAGUGCCGCCACCCGCCGGGGCCCUCCUCCCGGAGCCCGGGCCGCGCUGCGAGGCGGUCAGCGGCAGUCCCCCGCCGCCUCCCUGCGCCCAGAACCCCCUGCAUCCCAGCCCGUCCCACUCCGCGUGCAAAGAGCCCGUCGUCUACCCCUGGAUGCGCAAAGUUCACGUGAGCACGGUAAACCCCAAUUACGCCGGCGGGGAGCCCAAGCGCUCGCGGACCGCCUACACCCGCCAGCAGGUCCUGGAGCUGGAGAAGGAGUUCCACUACAACCGCUACCUGACGCGCCGCCGCAGGGUGGAGAUCGCCCACGCGCUCUGCCUGUCGGAGCGCCAGAUCAAGAUCUGGUUCCAGAACCGGCGCAUGAAGUGGAAAAAAGACCACAAGUUGCCCAACACUAAGAUCCGCUCGGGUGGCACCGCCGCCGCCGCCGCCGGAGCACCCGGAGGACCCCCGGGCCGGCCCAACGGAGGACCCCCCGCGCUCUAGCGCCUCUCCAAGCAGGAGCUCCGAACCCGGGGAGGCGAGGGGUGGGCAGCGAGCACGGUGUUGGGCGGGGGGAGAUGCGGGGUACGGGAGGGGCCCGGGGCCUGAAGCCUGACAACCGAUCUGCCCUACCCCCCCCCACUUUUAUCUAUCUAUAUGAAUAAACGCAGACAAGGAGGGGUAGGGAGCUUUAUUUAUAGAAAUGACAAUAGGGAGCCUGGUGAGGCCCUGCAGAAGCAAGAUUGGAGUCUCUUGCUUUCUUCCUUUAAAAAAAAAAAAGAGAGAGAAAGAAAGAAAGAAAGAAAGAGGAAGAAGGAAGAAAGAAAAAGACAGAAAGAGAAAUAGGAGGAGGCUGCAGCUCCUCGUUUUCAGCUUUGGAGAAGAUGGAUCCACGCUUCAUCUUUAAUCACUCCAGGCCUGGGCCCAUCUGUCUUGUUUACUCUGCCGAGGAGAGGACGGACGGGCCUCGGUGGCGACCGUUACCUCGACACUCGGCUAACAAAUGAGGCCGGGCUCUGCCGCCACCUCUGCUGCUGCCGCUGCUGGAAGACCGCCUGGAUUUUCUCCCUUUGUCCCCCCGCUCCUGACACCCAGCGAAUGCACCCUCUGACUGACAGAUAGCACAGUGUUUUAGCCACGGUAACACACACACACAGACACACACACACCUUCCCUCCUCUGUCUGUGCCCAUUCUUGGGGGAGGGUGAAGGUUCACCCCUCUCCACUAUAGGGGCUGGAAAAGAUGAUUGAGGGGGCAGUCUUGAGAAUGCAGGCUCCUAAAAAUGAACCCAAGAAAUAGGAAAGAGAGAACAGGCCAUCCAGGUGGGCCUUCCACAGAAGGCCCGGGAAAGCCUUGGCUGGGUGAGGGGUCAGUUGAAUUCUAGAAGCUGGGUACUACCCUCUGGCCAACCCACAGCUGUACAGCAGAGGCCCUGUCUUAGACUACAAAUGAAUGUGAAAUUAGGAAAUAAAAUACUGUGGCCCUCCUGGUCUGGAAGGACAAUGUCGCAGAGUCCUCUGCCAUAGUUUCUCAUUGUCGUAUCGUUUAUUAUUAUUAUUAAUUAAUGUUAUUAUUAUUAUUAUUAUUAUUUUAUGUCAUGUGUGUCCUCUCUCUAGUUCUCUUUCUGACAUUCCAAUCCAGGCCCCUUCCUACCUCUGGGACUGCCUGAGUCUAGAACAUUCUGUUGGUGUGAAAAAUCUGUGUCCUGUACAGAGUGACAAUAGAAAAUAAAUGUUUGGUUUCUUGUGAUCA